AUGGCUGACGCGACACGCCCGACGACCUUGGCCCCGCCAGCCGUCAUGGCGCUGAGGCAGGAGGCUGCGGGGUCCAACACCCACAGAGUCAACAUGGAGCGCACUGUCAGUCAGGACAUGCGAGAGGAGCGCGACGACCUCAAGGAGGCAGCCGAGCACAGCUUGAACGUCAUUAUGGACUUGGACCUCGAGGGCAAAAUACGCUACGUCAGCCCAUCGUGGAAGGAUAUCGUCGGCUCUCUGCCCGACCAAGUCAUCGGCAGGCCCGUCCUCGACAUUCUCUACGCCGGUGCCGAUGGCCUGGCUGAGACAAUCGAGUCAGUCCGCAAGUAUGAUUCGCGGAGUCACAUUGCCCGCUUCUCCGUGCGACUGGGCCCUCACUCCAUCUUGCACAAGAGGGCGUCGAGACCGUCUGCGAGCGAAGGCCAAGAGUCAGCACCACCAUCCCCUACAACCGAGGUCGUCGACGAGGCCGAGCAGAUCCUAAACCUCGAAGCCCAGGGCAUCAUGGUGUACGACCGGACCACUGGAGCUGAAAGCCAUACUAUGUGGAUGGUGCGACCGUCCGUUCUUCGCGAGGUGACAAUUGACCUCCCAGAGAUGCUGGUAGAAUCACUCGGUGUGGGCGCAGAAGUCCUGGCCCACUACCUGACAGGCCUCGCUGAACAGGGCGCCAACGAUCCCCGGAACCAUGCACCACCGCUCCCGGUACUUUGCCGAAUCUGCGAGAGACAGAUUACACCUUGGUGGUUCGAGAAGCACUCUGAGCUCUGUCUGCAGGAGCAUCGUGCAGAGAUGGACGUGCAAAUUACCCAGGAGACCCUCUCUGAACAUCGCAACGCCAUUGUCAAGGUUUUGGAUACCCUCGAGUCUCAGAGCUCGCGUUCCAGAGCUGCUUCCGUGGACCCGGUGCAGCCAAUCCAGCCGGCAGAGUACAAAGGCCUAAUCAUUCACUCCUCAUCUACCCCAUCGUCAGGUACCCCUUCCGGUCGUAACUCGCCUGCCUCGCCACCCUCGAGAUCAAGAGAACGCUCCGAGCGCUCGACUGGGUUUGGCCAUCAUCGUGCGCGAUCUUUCGCUGUUCGACGGCCUUUGGCGCGCAUCGUUGAGCUGGUUCUCGAUCUUUGUGAUACAGCGCUUGAGAUCAACACGCCUGCCAUCAAAGACAACGCCCGCGGUCAGGCAGCUGCCGAGAUUCGCACUCAGUCACCGCAGUCCGAGAACCGCAUCUCGCAAGUUCUGCAGUGGCAGUCUCCGACGACGGGCUCGUCAGAUCAUAGCGAGGGGCUGAGAAUGCUCUGCGAGGACACUAAUAAACUAGCAAAGGCCAAGAUCGACGCCGUCACUCGGCACAGGCGGGUGCUGGAGUACUCUGAACGUCUUCGUGUCGAGUUUGAUGUCCUAGUCCAGGAGUGCAUAGAGGCCGCCAUGGUGAAGGCCGCUCGCAUCGCCGCCGGCGAGGACAGUUCUUCAGAGGAAGAGCGGCUCGAAGAUGACCCCCAGUCAGAUGUGAACGACAUACCUACUGGUGAAGAAGGCAUUUUUCCAGGAUCAUUCGAUGCACCAUCGGCCAUGGCACAAGCCCUACGAAAUGUAUCCGACGUCUCACUACCUGCAAGAGUAGGACGUCGAGAAUCUUCUGUCGCAGGCUCAAACCGUUCGAGCAGCCCAAGAGGAGGGUGUCAGACACCGCGAUCACACGCAGGUGCUAUCAGUAUAGUCACCCAGAAUAAGCGACACUCCAUGGCAAUCGAAAGCGAUACUGGCGCAGAAAGUGAUACGAGCGUGCACUCCUCUGUGUUGUCCGGUCCGCGACGAGCAGACUCUCCAGCGGCGUCUGAUGUCGGCUUGAGCAGAGUAGCAAGCUCACGGGAGCGGAAACGCAAGAGUCUGAUCCUCCCGAGUGUCAUGUCUAGCCGACAACAGUCACCUGCACGCUCUAUGAUACCGCCAUCUUCACCCUUGAGGACAACCAAACCGCGCCUUCCCAGCGGCGUCGAGGGGUUACAGUCUCCAAUCACGUCGCCCGUUCUGGCCUACACCGAAUUCUCUUCGCCGGCCAUGAUGCACGCUCUCCAUCAUCACCGUAGACAGUCAUCCACAGCCGGAUCAGAUGGUCCACGACCUAUAUCGCCCCGCCUAAUACCUACAACUCAGCCCCAGCCACGUGCAGUUCCGCCAUCGAUCAAAGACUUUGAGAUCAUCAAACCUAUCAGCAAGGGUGCCUUUGGCAGUGUUUACCUUGCUAAGAAGAAGUCUACCGGCGAAUACUACGCCAUUAAAGUCUUGAAAAAGGCGGACAUGGUGGCAAAAAAUCAAGUCACCAACGUCAAGGCCGAGCGGGCCAUCAUGAUGUGGCAGGGCGAGAGCGACUUUGUUGCUAAGCUGUAUUGGACGUUUUCCAGCAAGGACUAUCUCUACUUGGUCAUGGAGUAUCUCAAUGGGGGCGAUUGCGCGUCAUUGAUCAAGGUCCUCGGCGCACUGCCUGAAGAUUGGGCCAAGAAAUAUCUGGCUGAGGUGGUUCUCGGUGUCGAGCAUUUGCAUAGUCGCAGCAUUGUCCAUCGUGACCUGAAGCCGGACAACCUUCUCAUUGACGGCAAAGGCCAUUUGAAGCUGACCGACUUUGGUCUCUCACGCAUGGGUAUGAUCGGUCGUCAAAAACGUGCUCUCAGGUCUACAGAGCCAGCCCCGGAUCUGCUCAAGUCUGGUCCAUUUCAUCGCGCAACAUCUGUUGGUUCUUCUCGAUCCGCAUCGUUCGAUCUCAAUCCAUCGCCCUCGCAUACGCCAGCCAUGGCGCCCGCUUACACUGGAGACCUCGGCCAACCCUCGUAUUUCAGUCUCGCACGGGAGAGUUCCAAUGGGCGUGACACUUCAAGGAAAACCUCGAAUCGAAGUGACAGUCAGGACAGCGAUGCUUUGCAAGCCAUGUUCCGUCGUUUUUCCAUUGUUGAUGAGCAAUUCGGUAACCCGCGAGCGCGUUCGCCCAUAGAGGAGGAAGCCUACAGUGAUGAUGGCUCCCCCGAUCUUUAUCCAGGGCCGACCAUGAGCCAGUCUAUGCUGGCGCAAAACAGCACUCCACCGGCCACGUCGACUAUGCCUCCUCCACCCAUGGCCUUGUUCGACCCAGAAGAUAGUAACAGAAAGUUCGUUGGCACGCCUGAUUAUCUAGCACCAGAGACCAUUGCAGGUAAUGGUCAGGAUGAGGUCAGCGAUUGGUGGUCCCUAGGAUGCAUGUUGUUCGAGUGUUUGUAUGGCUACCCACCAUUCCAUGCUGAUACGCCAGACGAAGUGUUCCAGAACAUCCUUGCGCGUAGGAUCGACUGGCCUGAAGACGAUGACGAGCUGUAUGACAUCUCAGAUGAAGCGAAGGAUCUCAUGAACCGUCUCAUGUGUUCUGAUCCUGCACAGCGUCUUGGAGCGAACAAAGACGACAAGUUUGCCAGUGGUGGUGAGGAGAUCAGGAAACAUCCCUGGUUUGACGACCUGAACUGGGAAACCCUGCGCGACGAUGAGGCGUCAUUCAUCCCAGCACCCGAGAACCCAGAAGACACGGAGUACUUUGACGCUAGAGGAGCUGCCAUGGCCAACUUCACUCCUGAAUUCGAGGAUCAAGCCCCCUCGGCCGCAGGCACGCCUAGUGCUGAUUAUCCGGAUCGACCGCACGAUGCGCUGUCUAGAGUGCGCUCACAGGUCACUGUGUCAACCAUGAAGCGAGGGCUCAUCCCUCUCCACAUCCCAGCUCAUGUCCGAGAGGGUAGAUCGCGUCGACUCAGUGAGCCCAUGGCUGCCGAUGAUUUUGGCAACUUCAGCUACAAGAAUUUGCCUGUUCUCGAAAAGGCCAACAAGGAUGUCAUUCAAAAGCUCCGCGCAGAGGCAAUGCUCCCACAGAACAAGCCUGGAUCCGCGCUUCAAUCUCCCGUCCUGACGUCGCCCUCACCGUCUUUGGAAAAUAGUCCCAUGCUGCCUGGCCCCCUAAAGCGUGCCCUGUCGACCAACAAAGGCAAUGGUAGGCCAUCGUCGCCCUCGAUCAGUGGGCCACACUCGUCUCCCAGCCGUGGGUCACAGCCAUCAUCGCCUUUGCUUGUCCAAUUUAGCACGGGACAACAUAACGAGCGACGGAAGACAUCUAGUAGCUCAUCUACCUUGUCACACUCAACGAGCAAUACUGCUUCCCUCCAGCCUGGCAGCUUCUUUGACCCCUCACGACUCUCUGGGCUGAGGCCUUCGCCAGAGGCUAUAUCGCCAAUCAAGCUAGCAAAGACGCCGACUGGACAGUCUGCCAUAUUCCCUGAGAGGCUCGCCCCUGGACAACGUCAGACAUCCCUAGGGCAGGCGAGCGCUUCCUCGCCACGUGCUCGAUCUCAGACCCUAGGCUCUCAAGAGGGCGAUGUUGUCCGAGACCUUUUACCCGGCCACCACAAGCGUCGAAGUCAAGUGCUCGAUAUUUCGCCAUCUUCGUCUGAUACGGAAGAUUCUCGCGCAAAGGCGCUUCUUCGUGUGCAACGGCGAAGGCAAAGCUCCCGAAGGCUGUCACAGAUCAGCUUUGGUGAGGGGCCAUUCUUCCGACCUUUGGACGUGUUAAUAUGCGAGGAUCAUCCCGUCUCUCGGCUUGUCAUGGAGAAGUUGCUGGAGAAGCUUCGUUGCCGCACAUUGACGGUUACCAAUGGGUCUGAAGCCAUUCGUUAUGCGAUGGGCGAGGUCAAGUUUGAUGUGAUCAUGAUGGAGUUUAGGUUGCCCCAAGUCAAUGGCGCAGAUGUUGCUCGCAUGAUACGCGACACUAAAAACGCCAACACACAUACUCCGAUUGUCGCGGUCACGGGAUAUCUCAAGGAACUGCAAGCGCCGCAUUACUUUGACGCGCUCAUUGAGAAACCGCCGACUGUCGCCAAACUCACAGACACGCUCAGUAGGCUGUGCCAGUGGAAAUCAGCUCCUCCGAAUUGGACGCCAAACCAAAUGUACCCUUCGAUAAUGCCUUCAGGCCUUCGACAGGAAUCCACACGACAAGAGGACAGCCCCACGUCCAACUCGUCUGGAUUCCCACCAGUGCCUUCCGGUAGCUACCGGGGCUCUAGCCGCGAGGACUCCAUCAGCUCAAGCUUUUUCGGCGACAACGAGAGCCGUGCAGGCGAGGAUGUACCUGUUAUCAUCGCUCGCCACAAUGCAGAUGAUUGGCGUGAGCGGGACAUAGCUCGCGCUAUGAGUGGUCUGGGGAUCUCGGAUGAUGUGACAAGUGUCGAUCCCAAGACUAUCGUGCAGAAGCGAGUCGGCCCACCUGACCUACCCCAGGAAUCUGCCCCAGUCGUUGUUGAAGAAGCAACGAUCCGACGGCAACGGUCUGCUGAGCAAGUUGGCGCUAAACGUCGUAUACUUGAGACGCGGAAACAUGAGUCCGCGGAAUCCGGCGAUGACGAGGACGACGAGCUAGGCCAUGUCAGUGUCCGCACCAGGAGCCCAAAGUCGCGACCCAAGUCAUCUUCCAAGCUCGGUAUCGAGAUGAUGCGCACCAACAGUAGAGGGAGCGUCAUUUCGGUUGAAGAUAUUAGCAAGGCAGAUUCAACCCUACCGUCUUCUCCGCCGCCAAUGAUCACCGAAGAGCGGGCUGCAGAGGAAUACGAAGGCAACCUCGCUACACCCGAGGUCCCGCCUAUGUCCUUACACACACCGCCUGAGAUCUUCCCCACGGUACCCGGCCACGCGGUAGCCGAGUUCCUGAUGCGGACGCCCAAGGCGCCCAUACAAAAGGACGCUACCACUCCUGAUCCCGAUCCUACGCCACGAGCGAACAGUGGUACGGGCGUCUAG